AUGCAACUGUUCGCCAACAGCACCCGCCUCCUCCACAAAUGGGGCCUAACUCCAUCCAUCGAAAAGGUCGCCUGUUCUGCCACCCACAUGUCCAUACGCCGCUGGAAAGAUAAUACUGAACUGGUGCGCAACAUGAACAGCCCGACCAGUGAAUGGCUCUAUGGCUGGCCCCAAUGGCAAAUCUACCGUCCCGAUCUACAGCAAGUGCUCUUCAAGAGGGUCCAAGAACUGCCCAAUGCGUCUGUGCUCUUUGGAAAGUCGUUUGAAUCUGUAGAUCACGAGACUGGGACUGUGCGUACAGUCGAUGGGGAGGUAUUCGAGACGGAUCUCACGGUUGCAGCGGAUGGGAUCUGGUCCAGGACUAGACGAUGCUUGCCUGGAACGAAGGAUGUGGCCCCUAUCCCGUCCACGGAACAUGCCUACCGUGCAAUGAUUCCGCGAGCGCGAAUGCUCUCUCACCCAUUAACAGCACCGUUGAUAUCCUCACCAGAGGCCAAGUCGUGGGUAGGUCCUGGUCUAUUUAUAUUGGGGUAUACUGUUUCCUCGGGCGAGUUCUAUAAUCUUGCGAUUGUCGUUCCGCGGGCGAGCGAAGGAACGCCACUUGGGUCGUGGAACGAACCGGCUGAUGUGGAGAGAAUGCGGGCACUUGUCUCUGACUGGUGUGAGGAAGCACAAGCGUUGACAUCCCAUGUCCAAAAGGGGGAGUGUGUUGCGUGGACCCUGGGGGAGGUCGGUCCGAUUCCUAGCUACGUGAGUCUAUCUGGACGCGUGGCGCUAGUUGGUGAUGCGGCACAUGCCCUCCUUCCUCAUGCUGCUCAGGGGGCGGGGAUGGCGAUGGAGGAUGCUGCGAGUCUGGCGGAAUUUGUGGGCUCUUUGCUGUCCAAGGAGGAUCUGCCAAAGGUGCUCAGUGCGUGGAGUCGGUUCCGACAGGCUCGCGUGGAGCAUCUACGCGACAUGAGCCAUGGCAAUGCCAGUGAUAUGACUCUGCCAGAUGGUGAACAGCAGAUUGCGCGCGAUAUGAAAUGGAAUGCGAUUCUCGAUAUCCAGCGGGUGCAGUUAGCCGAGCUUGGACUGGAGAAGAUCAGAGAGAAAGUCAUCAGGGAGAGACCGAUGCCGGACCCCGCUUCUAAAAGCACGAUUGAGCCGGGUGGUAGAAUGUGGAUUAGUGGAUAUGAUAUCUGUGAGGAGAGUCGAAAGUUCUGCAGUGAACAUUUGGCAACCGAUUCAGCCGCUAGAUUAUGA